AUGAAUCGCUUCGCUGUGCUGCGCGGCGUCGGCACAUCCAUGCGGCUGACUCAGGGACGAUUUGCACAGGAAGCGCUUUCGCUAAGCUCUGUCAUUAGUGGGCGACACUAUUCCUCUCGCCUCUCCCUUGCUGGCUCGCUUUCUUUGGAAGGUGUGAAUGCGGGCACCGAAAGGCGACGCGUUGGUCGUCUGCCCUCCGACGGCGCGGCAAAGACAGCCGUUCUCGUGGCCCACUGCCGCGCCGCCCUCGCACAGCGCGGGCAGACACCGCCGCGACUAUGGCCCCUCGCUGCAUCCGCACCCAGCGCUGGCCUGCCAUCUUCUCUCGCGGAGGCGCGGGACAUGCUACGCGGCCUCACAAUCCUCAACGCCGAUAAUGGCAGCGGCAGCGGCGGUGGCAAGGACGGCAACGCCUCGGACCCGAAGAAAGGAGAUGGCGCCGUCCCACCCGUGGACGACGACAGCAACCCAGAGCAGUGGCUGCUGCCGCGCACUGUGCUUUUUGUGGUUGUAGUGUUUGUCAUUACCUUGGUCCUUUAUCGUCUGUCGUUGCCGAAUGGCAGGCACGUCGGUUGGACUUCACUGCGUGAUCGCGCUGGUGCCAUCACACACGUCGCGCUCUACAAUAAUUACGCGCAGGUUUACUUGGACAAGGGCGAAGUGUACCUCGGACUCGUACACGACCACCACACCCAGAAGCACAUGGAUGAACUGGCGGAGAGCUACGCUGCUGCGGUGCGGAAGCAGAACGAGCAGGAGGCACAGAGUCCACCGCCGCAGACAAACGCUUCAACGGCCGGGAGCAGCGACGGCGCCAAAGAGGAAACGGAUGCGGAGCGCAGAAAAAAGCCAGAAAAUCUUCCCUUGGUGAUGAAGGGGACGCCGGUCGCUGAAAAUCUCCUCGUUGCCGUUGGUGUUUUUGCGUGGAUCGUGCCUUUUGUCUUUUUCCCCGUGUUUGUGAUGUUCCUGUCACAGUACAUUGGCAAGUCGAUGAGCUACGCCGUUGAUGCAACCAAAACGAAGAGCAAGGUGAAGGACAUGGUGUUUAAGGUGGAUUCCACAAGUAGCACGAGGUUUCGGGACAUCGCAGGUAUGAAGGAGCCAAAGAAAGAGAUUACAGAGGUGGUCGAUUUCCUUCGCCACCCGGAACGCUACACAAAGCUGGGCGCCAAGAUCCCCACCGGCGCUCUUCUUCUUGGGCCUCCUGGCACCGGCAAGACGCUCCUUGCGAAGGCGGUGGCGGGGGAGAGCGGUGUCGGGUUCAUUCCCGUGUGCGGCUCCGACUUUGUCGAGCUGUACGUGGGCAUGGGUGCCUUGCGUGUGCGGCAGCUCUUUAAGGAGGCCCGCAAGCAGCGCUGCAUCGUGUACAUUGACGAAAUCGAUGCCAUUGGGCUGAAACGGCAGGGCGCGGGCCACGGCGAGAAACAGGAACAAGAGCAAACCCUGAACGAGCUCCUCACGCAGCUGGACGGAUUCAACACUGGCAAACGGGGCGAUGUUAUGGUGCUGGCUUCGAGCAACGUCGCGCAGGAAGCUUUGGACCCGGCACUCAUUCGCCCGGGCCGCUUCGACCGAAUCAUCCACGUUGACACGCCCGUGAUCUCUGAGCGAAUUGACAUUUUCAAGGUGCACCUGAGCAAGCUGAAAUUGCUCUCUAAGGAGGCCGAAAGCCACACGGUGUCCAAUGCGCGUACCGAGGCCGACGGAGCCGCCGACCCCGCAGCGGUCGCUUCUCCUCCGCCUGCUGCCCAAGCCGAUCCUUUGUCCGGUGAACGCGGAGGGCCCGUCGCCAACACCACAGAAACUCGUCUCACCGUCACGCAGCGGGAAGAGGAGCAGAAAGCGGAUGAGGCCAUUCGCACCGAGGAGAGACGGCCACCUUUCUUUGACUUCCGCUCUCUCCUCAUGGCGGGCAAAUCGGACGAGGAGCGCGCCUUGGUAGACGCCUACGCGCACCGCAUGAGCGGCCUCUGCCCUGGUUUUGUUGGCGCCGACAUCGCCAACGUCUGCAAUGAAGGCGCCAUCCUUGCGGCGCGGGAGGGCGCUUCCCACGUCGACAUUCGCCACCUUGAGCGUUCCAUCGACCGCGUCCUCGCCGGCAUCGAGCACCGCAGCCGCGUUCUUUCUCCCUUUGAAAAGAAUGUGGUGGCGCACCACGAGGCCGGACACGCCGUCGCCGGGUGGUUCCUCAACCGCGCCGAUCCUUUGAUGAAGGUGUCCAUCGUACCACGCGGCGGCUCCGCGUUGGGCUACGCGCAGUAUUUGCCGAACGAAAACUACACCCGCACCGCGGCAGAGAUCCGCGACGCCAUCAGCGUCACCCUGGGCGGUCGCGUCGCCGAGGAGCUCUUUUUUGGUCACCUCUCCACCGGUGCCUCGGAUGACCUGCGCAAGGUGGCGAGCAUGGCUUACCUGUACGUCUCUGCGUUCUCGCCAGGCUCCGUCUACCCAGCACCAGGGUCCUCAGCGACUCGUUUCAUGAAGCUUGGUGCCAAUAAGGCGAACGAGUUCGACAAGCGCGCAAAGCAGUUUGUCGACGAGGUCCACAAGGAGACAGUGGUGUUGUUGGAGAAGCACAAGGAAGACAUGGAAAAGCUCGCGCAGCAUUUGCUCAAAUACGAAGUGUUGACGUUUCAGGACGUCGUCCACUAUUUAGGUGCACGUUCAGAGCGGUCCCGCGAUAAGCGAAAGGGCGUCUAA